UGCACGUCACGCCACUCAACCUAUGACUGACACUUUUAAAUAAAAAGUGUUUACUAUUUUAAAUAAACCAAACUCGUAAUAUUAAAUGUAUUUAAUACAACGAACCGCACAAGGAAUUUACCAAGAGGUUUUUUUAAAUUUUUCACGCUAGUCGUUUAAUUUUUUUUAAGUUUUAAAUCGACGGUUACCUGUGAGUCCCAAGUGUAUUUUAUUUCCGGGAUAAACUCAAGUGUUAAUUAUAUAUUUUUAUUGAGAAAUGUUGUCCGGUCUAAGUGGACGUUGGUUGUAACUACUUGCGCACAUUUCCAUCGCGUCGCCUCACUCGUGACCCAAUUAGAUUUACCCCGGUCCUCUACCAUAUCUUCUGGCAUACUCUAUAUUAUAUAUAAUAACGUAUUGUUAUUGUUAUUGUUAUUGUUAUAAUUAUUAAUAUCUGUAGCAUUAGAAACUGGAGGUGUAAUUGACAGUGACACUAUCCUUGGUUUAACCACGGAACCUGAUAACUACAAUAAACAUAAAUCAGGAUUUUUGAAAUAGUGAUAAAUUGAUGGUUGGGCCAGACGACAAUAUUUUUCUCUAAAGACAAUUUUAAAAAGAUUUAAAACUCAAGUGUCGAGUUAUCACUCGACUAAAACUCGAUUCAAAGCAAACCAUACUUAACGAUUCAAAAGUUUGUUGCUGGCGUUGACAGAUCGAUAAGAACUUUUGAAUUCUCUCAACAGUUUUGUUCUCUCAUCGGAGCAACUUAAACUUAAACUUCCAAGACGUUCGUGAAAAUAAUAAAAACAACAAGUUAUCGGUUAUUUUUCGUUUGUGAAUUUUAUAAAAAGUGAUCGUGAUAUAAAUAAUAAUAAUAAUUAUUAUUUCGUGUUCGUGUAAGUGAUUAUAAAUAAUAAAUAAAAAAGUGGGCUGAGUUAAUGAGUUGUGAGGGUACGAGGCAAAAAUAAAUAACAUAUUUUCGUUUUCGCGUAAGGGGCGAAAGAAUAAGACCCUUAAAUCUGAGGAUAUUGUGCUGUCGUCUGUCCAGGGCCUACUGCCCCUGGGUUUGGACCAGGGCAGGGGCAAGACGACCAGCACGGUGAAGGGGAACGGUGGAUUCGGUGACUACUCGGCGGCGGGUGAGUUUGAGGUCUGGGGCGAAGAUCAUCGUUCGGCGGAUGGUGAAGACCACUCGGUGGUUGGACCGCCUACGCGCGGACUUGCUCAGCAGACACAACGAGGAUGUAACGACGGGAAUGUAUCUUCUCUGAGGCCCUUGCUCCACGUCGCACACUGCGAGUUACACUCCCCCCGCGAAGCCGAGCUUCUCAGGCUCGAUCAACUCGAGAACAUGGACCGCAAAGCCGACAGAGAUCCUUACUCUAUGAUGGAUAAUUUUCAUAGUCCUGUUCCUCCACCCCUACCUCGACGUCAUGGACGAUUGCCACCUUCACAGCAGCAAGUGACCGUUGGUUCACUCGGCGGAAUGGUCGGCCCAGGAAACGGAACAGGAACAACUGGAGCCCAGGGUCAGCCUCUAGUGAUGCCUAGUUUUCCUCUACGUGCAGCAGUAGGACCUCACUAUUCACCAUAUUCGCCAUCACGGUUUCACAUUGACAAGCGUUGUCAGCACAGAUGCUCAUGGAAAUGUUUCUCAGUUGCAUUGAUCCUUCUCACUGUUGCUCUGACAGCAAUACUAGCAUACUUUGCUGCCGUAAGUUCAAUGCGGCCAAUAGACAACGCGAAUUGUAUCUUGGACCAAGAUUUAAAGACAGUUACCCACGAGAAUACAAACAUCCACGAUCCGAUUUCAACCCAGCUGCCGACAGAAGAGUCUCUUCCAACGAGCACGGCGGAGCACUCGAGUGCCUCAGACAGCAGCAGUGGCGAACAGCAAAGUGACCCUCAGAUCCAGCAGUCAGCCCAACAAUGGCCAGCGGUCUUGGAACUAAAGGCCUACGAUGUUGCCCACUUUGCCACAAUACUACCCUACAAUUUUUGGCAUUCCGAGUUUCGUAACAAGCAACCAGCAUUCAUCAGACUCAACUUGACACUACCAUGGAGUGCGAAUUUUGCGGUAUACGGUAGACGUAAUGUCGCCCCAAGUGUCACUCAGUAUGAUUUCGUUAAAUUUGUACGCGGCGGAAGAGUAGAUCAGAGAUCCAAGCGACAAGUGAUACCCGGUGCUGUCAGUUUUAUGGAGGAGUCAAUUAUACACGAGAAAGUACGCUCUGUUGACGAUCGUGUGAGUCCAGAUAAUCGGGAUAACGAGGAUGAUAUCGAUAACUACCAGCAUAUCUUGAUGAAGAGGCAAACACACGAACCACUGUAUGUCAAUGUCAGUUUAUUACAGUACCUCGAUACCGGACGCUGGUUCCUAUCUGUUUAUAAUGAUGAGUUACGGCCGUACAAAGUUACGCUCGUUGUCACCGAAGCCGAGGGUGUUUCUACAACAUGUCCUAAUGAUUGUUCUGGACGUGGAUCAUGUUAUCUUGGGAAAUGCGAUUGCAUUGAUGGUUAUCAGGGAGCUGAUUGCAGCAAAAGUGUUUGUCCAGUUCUGUGUUCAUCUCACGGACAAUAUGGAGGUGGCAUUUGUCACUGUGAAGAAGGGUGGAAAGGUUUAGAAUGUGACAUUCCACUGGGUGAUUGUCAGGUUCCUGAUUGCAAUUCACAUGGACAGUGUGUUCGUGGCUCUUGUGUCUGUAAUCCCGGAUGGAAGGGUGAAUUUUGUGGAGACCCGGAUUGUCGAGAUCCAACGUGUAGCAGCCACGGAGCGUGUGUCGCGGGUAAAUGUUACUGCAAAGCAGGCUGGCAGGGAGAAAAAUGUGACCAAGUGGACCAGAGGAUCUAUCAGUGUCUUCCUGGAUGUUCGGACCACGGAUCCUACGAUCUAGAAACCGGAGCUUGUAUUUGCGAGGAGCAUUGGACUGGCGGUGAUUGUUCCCAGUCGAGUUGUAGUCUCGAUUGUGGAUCUCACGGGUCAUGCGAGCAAGGUCUUUGCAAAUGCCACGAUGGUUGGACGGGUACCAAAUGUGAUCAGAAGCCAUGCGACCCCCGUUGCGCCGAACACGGCCAGUGCAAAAACGGUACUUGUGUUUGCAGCCAAGGAUGGAACGGACGCCACUGUACUUUACCUGGGUGUGAAAAUGGUUGUAGCAGACACGGAAUAUGUACACUUCAAAAUGGAGAAUACAGUUGUGAGUGUUCUGCUGGUUGGGCUGGUAGAGACUGCAGUAUUGAACUUGAGACUGAAUGUAAAGACGAGAUAGAUAAUAAUAAUGACGGAAUGAUGGAUUGUUUUGAUAGCGAAUGCUGUUCGCAACCAGCGUGUUCAAAGCACUUAAUGUGCUUAGUGAGCAGUGACCCGGUAGAAGUACUUCUCCGCAAACAGCCGCCCAGCGUAACGGCAUCCUUCUGGCUGCGUGUAAAAUUCCUCAUCGAGGAGAAAAGCGUCCAGAGUUACGUCCACGUUGACGAGUAUGACGAAAGUGCGUUCUGGAGUUCCUUUACACCGUGUCGAGUCGCAGUGAUGCGGGGCCAAGUUGUUACGGAACAAGGACUUGGAAUAGUAGGAAUACGUGUAUCAGUCGACAGGACAUCACGAUUUGGGUUUACACUGACACGCGCAGGUGGAUGGUUCGACAUUCUGGUGAAUGGUGGAGGAGCAGUGACACUUCAGUUCCAGCGUAACCCCUUUGAUCCACUCACUAGGACGGUGUUUGUGCCGUGGAAUCAAAUAGUUGUGUUGCCGCCAGUCGUAAUGACUUUGCCCCAAGAGCGUAAACCCCAUAAAUCCAAUCUACCACCUAUUCCAGCUGUUGGAUUCCCUGGAUUUCCCGGACUAUCGAUGGGGCUCUUUGUCAGCAAUGGAACUUUCCGUGAGCCCUGCAUGGAGCACAAUCAUGAGACACUUAGACCAAUAAUUGUGGGCACGUGGAUGCCUGAAAAAGUCGGAGGUUUGCCAGGAAGAAGUUUAGUUUUAGCAGAAACUCAGAUUGUCCAAGAAAGCAUACCAAUACCCGGUUCAAACGUCCAUUUAAUGUACCAAAGUAGCCAAGCAGCCGGCUAUUUAUCUACUGUUCGUAUGCAACUUACAGGACCAGUGAUUCCCGUAUCCCUUACUCAUGUCCAUGUCCACGUUGAAAUAGAAGGUUCCGUGCACACUAAAACCUACGAGGCUGAUCCAAAUCUCACUCAUACCUUCGCAUGGAACAAACGUAAUGUUUACAAGCAAAAAGUAUACGGAGUAGCGCAGGCUCGUGUGUCAGUAGGUUACCAGCAUUCGAGUUGUCCAUCAAUAAUAUGGGAGACACAAACCGCGACUCUUCAAGGUUUUGACGUCGACAUAUCAGACGUAGGUGGCUGGGGAUUAGAUAUCCAUCAUCACUAUAAUUUCCAUGAAGGAAUUUUACAAAAAGGUGACGGUUCUACACUUCAUUUCAAACAGUAUCCGCGUACUGUAAAAGUUGUUAUGGGAACUGGUUUGCAGCGUAGUUUAGUUUGUCAAAAUUGCGACGGUUUAGCUAAAGAUGCACGUCUGCUGACACCAGUAGCUCUUGCAAGUGGUCCAGACGGCAGUAUAUAUGUUGGUGAUUUCAAUUUAGUACGUCGUAUAACGCCGAAAGGCAAUGUGUAUACGGUAUUAAUAUUAAGCGCUACCCAAGUUGCUUAUCAGUAUUAUUUAUCAGUAUCUCCGGCGGACGGACAUCUGUACAUAAGUGAUCCGGAAAAACAUCGUAUACUAAAAGCCCUGUCUCUAGAUGAGGUUCCUGAUCCUAGCAUAAAUAUAGAACCAGUUGUAGGAAGCGGAGAACGUUGUAUACCCGGUGAUGAAGGCCACUGUGGUGAUGGUGGUCCAGCGAUACUUGCUAAGCUGGCUCAUCCCAAAGGCAUCGCUAUUGCCGCAGACAAAACAAUGUAUAUUGCUGAUGGUACUAAUAUACGGGCGGUUGAUCCUGAUGGAAUAAUUCAUACGCUUGUUGGACACCAUGGUCAUCAUAAUCACUGGUCACCAGCCCCCUGUAUUGGUGCUAUACCUGCUCAUCAGGCACAACUUCAGUGGCCUACUGGAUUAACACUCAGUCCAUUAGAUGGCACACUACAUUUCAUUGAUGAUCGACUUGUACUUAAGCUAACAAGUGAUUUAAAAGUACGUGUAGUUGCUGGGACUCCUUUACACUGUACCAGUAGCGCCAAUACUCAACCAGAUAUGAAAAUUAAUUCGACUGUUGGAGGCAAUGGCAGUGGUAUCAGUUACAAAAAAUCUGAUCAAGUUUUAGGUUCUGUAUUAGCUGUUAGUUUUAGUCCAACUGGAGAUCUCUAUAUCGCUGACAGUGAUUCCCAUCGUGUUAAUUCAAUUCGGGUGGUUGAUUCAUCAGGCAAGAUGUCGCAUUACGCUGGUAGACUUCAGGAACGUUUUCGUGAUCAGUGUGAAUGCAGCAAUUCAACUAAAAAUAUUAUUAUAUGUCCUUGUAAUGAAGAUACCAGCAGCACAGAGACAUUGCUAUCUUCUAAUGCUAAAUUUACUGCAAUAUCUGCGUUAGCGGUUACGCCCGAUGGUGUUUUACAUGUUGCUGAUCAAGGUAGUCUUCAUAUACUGGCGUUACAGCCUUAUUUACCGAGUUUAGAAGAAUCUGGAGAAUUUCAAAUACCCUAUCCACCAUCAAAUGAAAUUUAUGUCUUCAAUAGAUAUGGACAGCAUACUGUCACAAAAGAUUUGACUACUGGAACCACAAGAUACGCAUUUUUGUACUCUAAGAAUACGAGCUUUGGAAAAUUGUCAACAGUAACCGACAGUGCUGGUAAUAAAAUAACAUUUCUACGUGAUUACAGUGGAGUUGUGAGUUCUAUUGAAAAUACUCAAGACCACAAAUCAGAGUUAAAAAUAUCUGGAAUUGGAUUUCUUGUUAAAUUAUCAGAAACAGGUAGAUCAGAAAUUUCACUGGAUUACGACAGUGAGACAGGUUUACUUACCAGCCGUUGUGGUGGUGGUGAAACCUAUAUAUAUAAUUACGAUACAUUGGGACGGGUAUCAAAUAUAAUAUUGCCAACUGGUGAAAAUAUUAAAUUGAUAUCUGGUCUAUCAGAUAAUGAAGCUCUUUCAGUAAAAGUUGAAGCGCCACUUCAGGCGUUGGCUAAGACAAAUAAAAAUCGUAUUAUUGAAUUUAAAAUACAAAAAGAACGAUCUAAUAUAUUGACAAUAACAGACGCUGCAAAAAUAUACCGCGCAAUUUCUUUUCCGAAUAAUAAUAGUCUUGAAGUUAUUUUGCCUAGCGGCGGACGUAUACUAACAGCAGCAACAACAAAGCAUCCAUUACUUGAGGCUGCAUUGCCUGUUGAAGCCGAAAUGCUACCCAUGUGGAGUUACCAAAUGCUUACACUAGGUGAAUUAAUAAAUACUAUGACAACAACGUAUAAUUUAGUUGGAGAUGUAAGUCAUCCACAGCAGACUCUAAAUCGUGAAAUUUGGGUCAAUGAUUCACGUGUAAUAGGCGUUAAAUUUGAACAAUUAUUGAGACGUGAAACAUUUUAUGUUCAACCAUCAAAUCCAUUAUUAAAUGUGACAUUUGAUUUAGCUGGUUUACCAUUGAGUUGGCAGCCUCAGUACGGACACAGUCUUAAUAUAACUUAUGACAGAUUCAAUCGUAUCCAAAACUGGCAAUGGGGAGCGUCUAAUGAGUCAUAUAAUUACGAUCGUCGUGGACAAUUGUCUGAGGUUACAAAUAGCCAAGAUGGUACUAAACGUUACACAUACAAUGAUUUUAAUGCUUUGUCUAAAAUAACUCUAGCAAGUAAACGGGAAUUCUCAUUGGAAUACGAUGAGAAUGGAGGACUAAGACACAUUAUUUUACCAGCAGGUACACGGCACUCAUUUUCAUGUCAGGCAUCAUUGGGAUUCCUUCGUGUUACUUAUACACCACCAGGCAGUACCAGAUCCUACUUACAGCACUACAGCCACGAAGGAAACCUUUUACAAACUGUUUUCCCUGGUGAUGGUGCACGUAUUGUUUAUCGUUAUCAUCCUUGGGGCCAAUUAUCUGAAAUAGUUCAUGGAGAUGGAAAAAGUGAAAUACGCUACACUGAAAGUGGACUUCCCUCGGAGGUUAUUCAUACGGAAAAGGAUGUUGAGUAUCGGUGGGACUAUCAGUACAGUGCGGGGCUACUAAUUGAAGAGCGAAUUGAUUUUGAAGCCAAAACAGGACUAAGUAAUGCUAAAUUUACAUUUGACUAUGAUGCCAAUUAUCGUUUGAUUGCAGUACAGGGUAGAAUUGGCGGGCAAACAUUGCCCGCUCAUACUAUGGCUUACAGUUCUAAGACUGGAGCACUAGAACAGAUUGGACAGUUCAAAGUUAACCGGCCUGCUGCUAAUGAAACAAUUGUUUACGACGGUACAGCUGUAUUUUCACGUGUCACUGAUAAAUACUUCCUUGAAACACAAGUAAAGGUAACAAUUCACGGUCUAGUUGUCUUUAGAAUGGAAUUUACUCACGACUCUAAAGGACGGAUUAAUCAAACACGAACGGACACCAGCAAUGUCGGAGUAAACACUUAUACUAAUGUUAAAAAUUAUACUUGGGAUUCAGAUGGCCAGCUAACGGGAAUUGACGCUCAAGAACCCUGGGGCUUUCGGUAUGAUGGUAAUGGCAACAUGCUAUCACUUACUUAUCGUGGCAAUACCAUUCCAAUGGAAUACAAUAAUCUUGAUCGUAUUGUUAAAUUUGGAGACGGACUCUACAAAUAUGAUAAUCGUGGUCAAGUAAUACAAAAUGCUCGAGAAGAGAGAUUUAAUUAUAAUGCAAAAGGUCUGUUAAUAAGAGCGACAAAAAAAGGCCGGUUCGAUGUCAGAUAUUAUUAUGACCAUUUAGACCGACUUGCAACACGUAAAGAUAAUUAUGGUAACGUCACCCAAUUCUUUUAUAACAAUCAAAAGCGCCCGCAUGAAGUCAGUCAGAUUUAUAGCCCAAGAGAUGGCAAAGUUAUGUCUCUUAUUUACGACGACCGCGGUCAUUUGAUUUACGCCCAAAUAUACCGUCAUAAAUAUUAUAUUGCUACAGAUCAAUGCGGUACCCCUAUUAUGAUUUUUAAUCAGUAUGGCGAGGGUAUUAGAGAACUUAUGAGAUCUCCGUAUGGACAUAUUGUUUAUGACUCUAAUCCUUAUCUUUAUUUGCCGGUUGAUUAUUGUGGUGGACUUUUGGAUAAGGUUACUUCGUUGGUUCAUAUGCCAAAUGGUAAAGUCUAUGAUCCAUUGAUAGGACAAUAUAUGUCACCAUUAUGGGAAAAUGUUCUCGAUCGUAUUGCGACACCAACUCAUCUUCAUUUGUAUAGAUUCAAUGGAAAUGAUCCGAUUGAUGUAAGAUAUGCACGGGAACGUAAUCAACCAACAGAUCACAUAUCAUGGUUAAAUUUACUGGGGUAUGAUUUAAAAAGUUUGGCGCCACAGCUUUUCCCCGAGCAACUACCGGAUGAUCAAGUCCCACCUUCACUUAAUCCCCAGGCUUUGAUAUUCGGUGGUAAAAAGAAGACACGAAAUCUGGGCGUUCAAUCUGGAUUUUUAGCCCACAUUUCACAGCGACACUCUGGUGAUGCGGCAUCUCUACUUGCGCCACCUAGAUCAGCAUUGAAAAAAGAUCCAAGCGAGUUAAUUCCAUCACGAUUGGGCGCUGCCUCAGAUCCACCAUUUGGUCAAGGAAUUCUCGUGUCACGAACUGCUGACGGUAAAGCCGUUGUGUCAUCUGUUCCAGCUGCCAAUCAGAUUUAUCGCGAUGUCUUUACAACUGUAUUCAAUCGUUCAUAUUUCCUGCCAUUUAGUUUCGUGGUGCACAGCGCUCAGCAAGACGCAUUUUAUUUUGUCAAAGAAGAAACAUGGAAGUCAAAUGAUGAUAAGGGGCAACUUAAACGUCUUGGCGGUCAAGUAAAUACGACAUUUCACGAGAGUGAAAAUGGUAGUGGUAGCACUGUUGAUGUUAAAAUACACGGUGCAAGUUAUGUAGUUAAUUUAAGGUAUGGAACCACUGCCGAGAAAGAGAAACAGCGGCUUUUACAUCACGCAAAAAUCACCGCAAUACGGAAAGCUUGGCAUCGCGAACGUGAUGCACUAAAAGCAAAUACUCCAACUUCCAUUGAAUGGAUGGUCGCCGAGCAAGAUGAAAUAGUUAAAGAUGGAUCAGCUUCUAAUUAUGACGGUGAAUAUAUUCAUGACGCACAAUUAUAUCCAGAAUUAGCAGAAGAUCCUUACAAUAUUAGAUUUGUUAAAAAAAUAAAUGACUCGUCGAGUAAAAAACGACGUAGGAGGAGAGGCACUUUGACAGUCUGCAAACACUGGCGACUUGAUGGAUUAUGCUAAAUUACAAUUAAAUAAUACUAUAAUAUUAAUAAUAAUAAUAAUAACAAUUAAAUGCAUAUAAAAAUGCACAUCAACUAUCAAAAUGUUUUGUACCAAAGUCUAUUUGUGUAUUUCACAGAUGCCAAAACAAUUAAUUAAUUAAUUAAUUAUUAAUAAUAAUUAAGCCAUAGACCUAUAUCGUAAGAUAAGUAUGAGUGAUGAUUAUUGACAAGUUAUUUAUAAAUAAAUCUGGUGUAAUAAAUGAACUCUUGUGUGAGAAUUGCGUCCAAUAGCUACUUGUCAGUUGCGGUCAACAAACUGUACCACUUAAAGUAUCAACAGUUUAGUUUAAGGCCAUUACAAGCAUCUGUGCAAAUAGCUUUGCGUGAAAAAAAAAAUAUAUAUAAUAUACCAGAUAUUUUAAUUAACAUAUGAUUUGUCAAUAAGAUUUUUUAAUAAGUGGGGAUCCUAGUCAAUAAAAUUAGCUUUACAUAACGCAGACGCUAAUUAACCGAUGGAAAGUCAUGGAAAAUUGUAUACGAUUGAUAUUUUAAAAAUAUUGUUAAAGAUCUUAAUGACAAAUAUAUUGUUAAUUAUUUUAUUAUUUUAUUAAGUAAGACUGCAGUAAUUUAUUUAAAUGAUAAUAAUAAUAAUAAUUGUAAGAAAAGAAUAAUAAUAAUGAUAAUUUAUAAAAUUGGCGAUCCGAAUUACACACUGACAUUAAUAUUUUAUUUUAUUUUUAAAUUACGUGGUGCUUUUCCUCCAGUGCUGAGUGAUGCAAUUGAUUGCUUGAUUUUAAAACAAAAUGGAUCGCAAAGACACUAAAUAAAAGAAUUUAUUUAAAAAAUGGAGGGCCAGAGCGAUAUUUUUUAAGUGAUAGCGAUAGCGUCCAUGUACGAUGUGUUGUUCAAAGUGAUAAUGCGAAAAUGUUUUAAUAAAAAAAAAUUUAGAAUAUAAAAUAAAUUUUAAUUAACAAUAAAAUUAUAAUUAAAACGACUUAUCAAAAGUCUACAGGCUGAUCUUACGACCGCGACAAGCGAGUAAUACCGAAUUGAUCAUUUAUCGGUAUACUGUAAUACGUAUUUAUA